AUGGCAGAGCCGGAAAGGUUCAGUGCGGAGGGCUUGGCAGCGGCUUGGGAGGCUGAGCAAUCUGUUCGGGAAAGGAUUCGCAAUGGAGAAAACUUUAUUACUGCAGUUAGAGAUCAGAACUUGGAUGCUUGUAACAAGCUUGCGAUCGCUAACUGUGAUAUUUUGGCGCCGGUGCUGGUGAGGAUGACUGCUUGUGCCCUCAAGUUGCCUGAUAUCGAGCCGCUUCGUGGGUCUGUCAAAGCACUUUACUUGAUGGCUUCAAGGGAAGUUUCGGAUUCCUUCGUCGACGAUGAAGCUUGGGCUAUCCGGCAUAUGGCUGGGUUCGUCAAAAGGAAGACACAAAAGAAGUUGGUUAGCUUGGACCCAGACUUCCAAGACCUGUGUCUGAUCCUGAACCCGGAGCUGGAGGACUACGUCCAAGGGAUUCGUGAUCGUGCUGCCGAGGCUUCUGCUCCAUUGCUCAGUGGAGCCACUGGGGAGCCACCUUCUGAGGCAGAUGAUGCCCAUGAGCUGGGCCCUGGUACCAAUCCUAAUCCUGAUGAGCCCUCGGUGCCGAAUGCUGUGGCGGUAGCUGCCCCAACAAGCAAUCCCUCAACGCCAAGUGCUGUGGUAGCCCCUACAAGCAAUCCUGGUCAGCCCUUGGUGGCAAGUGCUGCGGUGGUAGCUGCCCCGACAGGCCAUCCCUCGAUGCCAAGUGUGGUAGCCCCUACAACCAAUCCUGGUCAGCCAUCGAUGCCAAGUGCUGUGGUGGUAGCUGCCCCGAUAGGCAAUCCCUCGAUGCCUAGUGUGGUAGCCCCUACAACCAAUCCUGGUCAGCCAUCGAUGCCAAGUGGUGUGGUAGCCCCGACAACCAAUCCUGCUCAGCUCUCGAUGCCGAAUGCUGUGGUGGUAGCUGCCCCGACAACCAAUCCUGGUCAGACCUCGAUGCCGAAUGCUGUGGUAGCUGUUUCGGCAACCAAUCCUGGUCACUCGAUGCCAAGUGCAGUGGUCGUAGCCCCAACAACCAAUCCUGGUCAGCUCUCGAUGCCGAAUGCUGUGGUGGUAGCUGCCCCGACAACCAAUCCUCCUGAGCCCGUGAUGCCGAAUGCUGUGGUCGUAGCCCCGACAACCAAUCCUGGUGAGCCCUUGAUGCCGAGUGCUAUCGUAGCCCCGGCAACCAAUCCUGGUGAGCCCAUGAUGCCGAAUGCUGUGGUGGUAGCAAGCAAUCCCGUGCCCUGCACGCCAAUUCUUCCGGGUCCACGGGUGGUUUCGUCAGACAGCCAGCCUGGGUGGGAUGAACUAUCACCGGUUGCCGCAACCCCACCACCCUUGAGUUCCCCAGCAGCAUCACUGCCGUCCCCGGGCGAUCAGAAGCCACCAAUGUUCCAGUCCAGAGGUCCUACUGACCCUCGAAAGCUUCAGCUGGAGAUGAUGAAGCGGCAGCUUUACGAGUUGCUUGUGAGCAUUGUGCAUUUUAGGAUUCAGCUCAAGAGGAGGAAGUUCGAUCCCGAGUCCCCGCUGUCCUUCGCAUCGGCUGCAUCGUCAUCCCCGGCUCCUUUGGCAGCGCAAGCAGGACAGGUGGCCCCUGGUUCGAUGUUGAUCACGCCUACAAGGCCUGCGGUGACGGCUGAUGAGGCCGACACCCAACCCUUCGACAUCACAGCAGCUACUCCGGAGUUUGUGAAGCAAAGUAGAACUCCCCUCCGUGAGCCAAGCACGGAUGAUGUUGAUCUGAAGCGCUUCAAGUACCAGCACCCGGGCGAGGUUCCGCCCCCACACCCACCCUCGAGCCCACCAGCAGAAGUUGCCACUGCCCCUCCUGCUUCGCAGCCGGUGCCACCGCCAACAGAGGUCUUUGGCCGGCGAGACCAGCUGGGCCUCAGGACGUCGCUCAAGGCAAAGGCACCAGAGAUUCCGGACGAGGUUUUGGGGGGCCUUCCUGCUGAUCAUGUGGAGCAGAGUGAAACUGCUGCUACGGAGAAUGGUGAUGAAGCUGAACUUGUGGAGCAGGCUGAUGCGGUGCCAAAGCCGCCUUGCAAGCCCAAGCGAAAGAAAGCUUCGAAGCCAAAGCGGGCCUGCGGGCUCAAGAAGCUUAGGUCUAUGAAGAGACUCAAGCAUGACAAGGGUGGUGAUGCAGCUCAGCCACCUCACGAUGGGGCGUCCCUGGAUGAGGAGGACGAUGAUCACGAUGAUGCAGGAAGUGCUGCGGUAACCGCCCGGGUCAGAGCAAAAACCCAGCCAAGCCAAGCCCCGAAGGCAAAAGCCAAAGCCAAGGCAAAAGCGAAAGGGAAAGCCAUGGGUGGAGUUUUUCGCGG